AUGAGUUCUGAAAGGCGAAACCGAGACCAAGAUGAACCGGCCAACGAAAACGAGGCGAAGGAAGCUGCACUAUCGCACGAGGCCUACACUGUAGGCUGGGUUUGCGCCCUACCCAAGGAGCAAACUGCCGCGAUCGCAAUGCUCGACCAACGCCAUCCCAAUAUCCCCAACAUGCAGCCGCCGACCGACACGAAUGCGUACACCCUUGGAUCGAUAGGCGGCCACAACAUCGUGAUCGCCUGUUUGCCCAGAGGCCAAAUCGGUGUCGUCUCUGCAGCGACCGUAGCCACGAACAUGGUAUCGACUUUCCCCACCAUCAAGAUUGGACUCAUGGUGGGAAUUGGUGGCGGCGUGCCGUCGAACAAGGUCAGAUUGGGCGAUAUUGUGGUCAGCAGUCCAAUAGGAACGCAUCCCGGCGUAGUGCAAUGGGAUCUUGGGAAGGCGAAAGAGGGCGGAAAUUUCGAACGGACAGGAUCUCUCAAUAACCCACCCACUUUCCUGUUGACGGCAUUGACAAAGCUGGAAACUACCCACGAAAUGGAAGGAUCCAAGAUCGACAAAUACUUAGAAGAGCUCGGGAGGAAGUUCCCAAAAUUAGUUUCAAAGUACCUGCGCUCUGAGGCUCUCCGAGACGUUCUAUUCAAGGCAGACUGCGCUCAUGUGGACAAGGAUGACUCCUCCUCCUCCUCCGACGACGACGAGGACGACGAACCCGAUGCUUGUCGAUUUUGCGAUAAGACGAAAGCCAAAGAGAGGAGGUUGAGGGAUACCCGUGUACAUUGCGGGUUAAUUGCCUCUGGAAAUCAGGUCAUCAAGGACGCUGUAUUUCGAGACAAACUGAACCAGGACCUCGGCGGUAAUGUGCUGUGUGUCGAAAUGGAGGCAGCAGGACUCAUGGCGACCUUUCCUUGUCUUGUUAUUAGAGGAAUAUGUGAUUAUGCAGACUCUCACAAGAACAAAGACUGGCAAGAGCACGCGGCAGCGGUAGCUGCCGCUCUGGCCAAGGAGCUUUUGGUCCACAUAGAGCCUCAAAUCAUAGAAAAGGAGGCACCUGCAAUGAAUCUCCUCAGAGAUACAAUAACUAAGUCCAGCUUUGAAAAUAUGCAAAGCCGUCUAUCCAACAAGGAGGACCUGGAAAUCCUUGAAUGGCUUACACCAUUCAGUUCCGGGUCACAACAAAGCGACUUCCUUUCUCGGCAUCACCCUGGAACGGGCAAAUGGUUUCUGGACUCUAAACCUUUUCAGGAUUGGGUAGCAGAGCAAGGCAAAACACUAUUUUGCCCUGGAAUUCCCGGAUCUGGAAAAACAAUCAUGGCCGCUCUCGCGAUUGACUACAUUGGACAACAUUGCAUAAAGGACGAGAAAAGUGUGCUUUCAUUCAUCUAUUGCAGCUAUAAGAGACACAGCGAGCAGAAAUUACCUCAGCUGCUCGCUGGCAUCCUGAAACAGGUCUCUCAUUCACAAGGUGUCCUUCCAGAAAGUGUGAAGAAGCUACACCAAAAGCAUACAGAAAAGCACGAGCCCACGAGACCGUCAGUCCAUGAGCUGAUGGAUAUAACAACAAAGCUUGUUGCCUCGAGCCAUCGAACAUACAUCGUUGUUGAUGCUCUCGACGAGUGCAGCCGAAAGGAUGAGUGUCAGUCAUCUUUGAUUGCAUAUCUUCGCAGGCUCCAGGAGAAGACAAAUGCGAGCAUAAUGUUCACAUCACGACAUACCACGCAGUUGGAUGUGGAGUUCGAUGGCUGCCUCAGACAGGAUAUUAGAGCAAGCGACCAGGACGUGUACAGUUAUACGGUUGCCAGGCUGCCGAAGGUAUUGCGAAGUAUCUCACAGACACCUGAUCUACACUGUGCAGUGCAAUCCAAGAUCAUGGGGCUCGUAGACGGCAUGUUUCUUCUGGCGCAACUCUAUCUUAACGUCAUCAGUGAUCAAACAUCAGCGUUUGAGGUUCGCCAGGUGUUGGCAACAAUUGAGGCAUCUGCCAAUUCAACGGAUCGGGUAAAAUUGUUGAAUCGAGCGUACGAUCAAGCCAUAGAGAGAAUCCGAUGCCAGCCCCCAAGGUUCUGUGAUUUGGGGAUCAAAACACUCGCCUGGAUAGUAUUUGCCGAAAGGCCACUGUCUACUGACGACCUUCGCCACGCCUUGGCAGUGAAAUUAGGCGAUAACCGCCUUGACAUAGACAACCUUCGACAAAUUGAAGUUAUCAUGUCAGUUUGUGCGGGGUUGGUCACAGUUGACGAAAAAAGUAACGUCAUUCGGUUGGCACAUUUCACCACCCAGGAAUAUCUUGUGUCCCUGCAAACGCAAUUAUUUCCAAAUGUUCACGACGAAAUUGCAACCAGCUGCGUCACAUAUCUAAGAUUCUAUACCUUUGGAAACUUAGCACAUCCGGCGAUUGAGAAAGACGAACAAGAGUUGAGCGAGAACCAUCCACCCUUCAUACACUACGCUGCUGAAAAUUGGGGUCAUCAUGCACGAAGAGCACUCAAAUUGCCUAAAUCAGUCAUUGCGUUUAUUGCUGAUGAGACGAGCGUGAGCUUUGCGUACAAACUGGCAGCUAAAGUGGGGACGAUGAGGCUACCCAGUCCACAGGAGGAGGACUGGACAGGUUUACACGCGGCGGCAUUCUUUGACCUGGUGGAAGCAGGUGAAAGUUUGAUUGAGGCUGGCUGCGACGUGAAUCGCCAAGCCUCGCCCCAUUACACAUCGCCUCUGUACAUAGCCUCGGCGCUUGGCUUUGAGAAAAUGGCCACAUUGCUUUUGGACAACAAAGCAGACAUCAACGCCCAGUGUCAUUUAAGCUAUACGCCGCUGAUGAUAGCUGUGAUUGUGCAUAAUGUGGAAAUGGUGCAGUUGUUGUUGGACAGAGGAGCUGAUACGGGGUUUUUCGACGAUGCAGGUGGCUGGACUGCCCUUGAUUUGGCAAAUAAUGAGUUACGCUCAGAAAUGGCUAGAUUGCUACGCCAGGCUGGGGCCCCUACUAAUACGAGGUGGGCAUUCUAUCCAAAACGGCCCUUGAAUGGAUUCCCAAGGCGGAAGGGGCACGUGGCUGAAGACGAAUUGCAACGCAACAAGCGAAAGCAUGCUGAAGACAAGUAUAUCUGA